AUAGUUCCUGUGUUUAUAUUUUUUCUGGGUAAACAUGGCGGAUGCAAACAACAGUAGCUCAUCGUCUCCCGGAUUUACGGAGAAAUUAAAAUCCUGGCUCUCGUGGUCUUGGACUUAUUUAUGGGUCCUUUGGUUUGCUAUGCUGUUGGCUCUAGUCUACAUUCUCCGGAGCCCCCUGAAGCUACAGGAAAACCUCGCUACAGUGUCUGUGUUCCUGAACACUCUUACCCCCAAGUUCUAUGUUGCGCUUACUGGAACCUCAUCACUCAUUUCUGGACUCAUUUUGAUAUUUGAAUGGUGGUACUUCCGCAAAUAUGGAACCUCUUUUAUUGAGCAAGUCUCUGUUAGCCAUCUGCGACCCCUGCUGGGCGGAGUGGAGAAUGGCAGUCCUUCUGGCCUGUUCUCCUCAGUUAAUGGAGAGACAGAGUCCAGACCGAAUGUUUCAGAAUGCAAGGUGUGGAGGAACCCAUUAAACCUGUUUCGAGGUGCAGAGUACUGUAGGUACACCUGGGUGACCGGAAAAGACCCUCUGACAUAUUAUGAUAUGAAUCUGUCUGCACAGGAUCAUCAGACAUUCUUCUCCAGCGACACAGAGCAGCUAAGGCCUGAAGAUACAGUGAUGCAGAAAGCCUGGAGGGAGAGGAAUCCUCAGGCCCGGAUCAGAGCUGCGUACCAGGCCAUCGAAUUGAACCACGAGUGUGCCACAGCCUAUGUACUACUGGCCGAGGAGGAAGCAACCACUAUCACAGAGGCAGAGAGGCUAUUCAAGCAGGCCCUGAAGAGUGCUGGCAAGGACACCAAUGUUUUGGUUUACAUCAAGCGCAGGUUGGCGAUGUGCGCUCGCAAACUGGGAAGAAUUAAGGAAGCCGUAAAAAUGAUGAGAGAUUUAAUGAAGGAAUUUCCCCUCCUCGGAAUGUUAAACAUCCAUGAAAAUUUACUGGAAGCACUCCUAGAAAUGCAAGCCUAUGCUGAUGUGCAAGCUGUUCUUGCAAAGUAUGAUGAUAUCAGCUUGCCAAAGUCUGCAACCAUAUGCUACACUUCUGCACUCCUCAAAGCACGAGCAGUUUCAGAUAAAUUUUCCCCAGAAGCAGCCUCCAGGAGGGGCCUUAGUACUGCAGAAAUGAACGCAGUGGAAGCCAUACACAGAGCUGUGGAGUUUAACCCACACGUGCCAAAGUAUUUAUUAGAAAUGAAAAGCCUGAUCCUGCCACCUGAGCAUAUUCUGAAGCGAGGAGACAGCGAGGCAGUGGCCUACGCCUUCUUUCACCUACAACACUGGAAGAGGGUAGAAGGAGCUCUAAACCUGCUCCACUGUACCUGGGAGGGCACGUUUCGGAUGAUUCCUUACCCCCUGGAGAAAGGGCACCUCUUUUACCCCUACCCUGGCUGCACAGAGACAGCAGAUCGAGAGCUGCUGCCUUCUUUUCACGAGGUGUCAGUGUACCCCAAGAAGGAGCUGCCCUUCUUCAUCCUCUUCACAGCGGGGCUCUGCUCCUUCACAGCCAUGCUGGCCAUGCUGACUCACCAGUUCCCCGAGCUCAUGGGCGUCUUUGCCAAGGCCUUCUUCAGUACACUGUUUGCUCCUCUGGGCUUCUUCAUGGACAAGAUGGAGAGCCUCAUGCCGUCCAGCUUCUGGCACCAACUGACCCGGAUCUGAUGGACCUUUUAGACAGAAGAGAGAUCCCAUCAGACUGCAGAACUAACCUCAGCAACACUGGGAGGCCGGCAACAAGGUUUCAGCUUCUGUCUUCAGCAAUACUGACCUAACUGAUUUACUGUGGUUUUAGGUUUUCCUUUCUACGCAAUUAAAGGUUGAGGAUGUGUACCAGAAAUCAGGCAGAAUAUUGAAAAGCAGGCCUGCACUGACAGGCAGCUCCCGUGGAACAGCACUGUCCCAGGACCAUCUGUUUAACAGCCAACACCAAAAUAUAUCUAUAUUUAUUCAUCUAUUUAAACUGAAUUUUCACAUUUUCCAGUUACAAAUGCAAAUCAUAAUCCUAACAUAUUCUAUCAGUUUUCACUGGUUUCUCAACCUUUUGUCUCUGACCAGAAAAACACUUUCUAGGUAAUAAAAAUAUACAUUCAACCCCUUUCUAUUGAAAUUUGGAUUGGCAUUCUCUAAAUAUGAAUAAAAUCUCUUAAAUAAUUUCUUCAACAAAAAAGAAGAAAUGGAUUUCUGUGCGGAUCUGUGUGUUAUAUGAAAGUAUACAAUGGGUAUACAAAAAACAGUAUUCUUUUCCUGCCCUAUAGUCUAUUGGAAACUUGGAUUAUUAUUUCUGCCUUGUCUUGCUUUCUCUCUGCCAUUCUGCCAAGUUUGCUUUGGUAUUCCUUAAUCCUUCUUUUCAUUCCCAACUUAGACAGGGCAGAAAAACUCAGUUCUGUGAUGACAGGCUCAGGUUCCACCUGCCGCUGGAGUUUUGUCAUUUUAGGCUCUGUGCUAUCAGUGAUGACAGGGCCCUACUGAUACUGCAUCACAGCAAGCAGAUGGUACAGCUGCACCUAACCACCAAGCAUGUGCAAACCCAAUCAUAACAUCCUGGCCUUGGGCAGCAUGCGAAGGUUCAAUGACAAGAUAAAUGUGGACGGUGCUCUUUUCCUUGUUGAUACAGUGCUGUUUGUAGCUGGAACUACAGUACGUUAGUCAAAGCUUUCUUCUUUCUUCCAGUUUAAAAACAGUUUGCACUGUCAUAAAAAUGUAAAAGCAGUACAGCUAGCAAUAAUUUGACAAGUGGAGAGCCAAAACAUUGUAAAGAAGGCUUGUAAAUGAAAAGGCUUCCUUUAAUAGGCUAGGUGAAAACCCCAAGUUCAUAUGCUUAGGUUCACAAAAAGCUACAUAGAGAUUGAUAGUAGUGUCUAAGUGCCCUUGUAUGAGGGUUGUGCUGGCUGUGUAUGCAUGAAUGUCAUACCCCAACCAUUUUUCAAAAGUGUAACUUUAUAAGAAGGGUGACAUACUAAUUACCCUCAUGCCCAUAUUCCUUCUUAUAUCUGGAAUUUCCAUAGUGACUCUACUCCUGUCAUGAGAAUUUCACACUACUACCCUUACCAUACUGUUGGCAGUAUAACUGAUAAAUCACAGUCUCAUCUCAUCUGAGAUAACCAUGUUUAACACAGGCUCUGAAGAAAAGAGUGAAAACGCAGUGAUUUAGUCAGGUGCAGCUUCUCUUGUUUCACAUUAAUCAGAGCCAUGCAAUUGAAUUAAUUAUUUCAAGGUUUUUUCAGUACCCAAAGGGCAAAAAAUAUUUCACAUGUAGAGCUCGAUGACAAUUAUCUGAUUACUCUGAUGGAGUUUUUUGGGUAUAUGGAGGGGUAGUAUUAGGCUGACUGGGGUGAUUUAAUACAGCAAGUUGAAGAACAGCUGCCACAGUCCUGCACUGGUUUUUCAGCACUCUGGGAGAAGAAAAAAGAGAAAUAUUUCACCUGGCCUGAGAAAGGAAAGGAGUUUUUCACACAUCCCUGUGUUCAAGUUAGCGUGACACAUGCUCCUGUUUGCAUGGAUUCUAUGAGCGAGUGCCAGCAUCUCACAGAAUGGCGCUCAAUGAUACAGUGCAGGCUGGAUUCAGAGAUCUGGAAAAACAGAUUUACGAUUAGACUAUUUGGAGUGCAAGUUUUAAUGUAUACAGCACUGUGCAUAAGGCGAACCUCUCAGUUCUGCAACAGUGCUGAAAAAACGUUCCCCCUGUUGCAGAUGAUGAGAUAAUAGAGGUGAUCUAUUAUGUUUGGACUAUAAUUGUCACGAUCUUAAACAGCACAGAGGAAACACACUUGUAACGUGUUGGAGAAAGAAAUCUACAGGAACAGUGAACAGCUGUUCUUUUCUAAAAACAAAUAUGCACUCAGCAAUGAUCCGGUCACAUUUUGAACUUAAAAAACACAAUAAUCCAAUUGUAAAUUGAUGGUUGGUUCAAUUUAGCUGUGACCAACGAUGGUCUGCCUUUCAGCCUAACGAACACCGAUCAAGAGGGCUCCUUUUCUCAACAGUAAACCCCAGGGCUGAUCUGGGAAAACAUCUGCUUUCAUUGUUUGCUCAGUUCACCUGGAUGUAAUUGUUAGUCUGGAUUAAAUCAGAACUUUCAACUCCAAGCAGUUUGCAAAUCGCAAACUUGUCACUCGGCGGUAGCUUUCUCUUAGCCUGGGGCUUCUCUCACCCUCCCAGUAGAAUGAACCCCAUCCAUUGGGUUGGGAGUUUGGGCUGGCAGGUGGGGCAGAGUUUGGGGUUAACCUGGGCUGUGUGUUGCCAACAGAGCUACCAAUGGGUAAUGUGAGCGGUGGGAGAAUUGUGCCUUUGUAGGUGGAAUGAGACUGCUAGAUCUUGAUAUAUUAUAUUUCUGUCAUAUAUUCUGCAUUAACCACUGCCAUUCAUACUGAGACAUUUCAAUAACCCACGUUCUACCUCCCCUUUUCACUCUUUCUUCUGAAUUAAUGACUACCUAGUUGGUUAAAUACCAGGAGAUCUACGACUGUCUGUGCAGACUCAGUGAACAGUGUCAACAAGAUUCAAAGUUAAGCAGCAAACAGGAAAAACAACCUGUAUCUGUAUACAGAUAGCUGUGCCAUAUGGGGAAAAGGGUAAAAAAAUGACAACGUGCAGUCCUGUUAAGCUCUGGUAACCUAAGUAUAACAGUUUAAUUUAUAGAUGCUCAGAGACGUGCCCAUUUGCUCCUUGUUAAUUAUCUGGCAGAGUUUAAAAAUUACAUAAUAUAAAACACUUUGUCAUGAUUUUUUAUAAGCUAUUAUUCUUCCCUUAAUUGGAUGAUUUAAAGUGCAAAUUAGUCAAAAGAGUACAUAGAAAACCACAGUGAAUUUGUACAGACAGACAUUGACAGUGAAGACAGAAUUUGAAAAAUGUGUUGCCAACUAGCUUUUUCUGAAGCUGAAUAACACACAAGACUGCAGCACUCCAGCAAUAAAGUGAAUAAUAAAGCAACAUAGGUCCCAAUUCUGUCUGUAAUUCUGAUAAAAUGUUGGUUUGGGAAAACUGAAAGAUAGUUUGCUUGGCAGCUCAGAGUAAAAAUGUUUUUCAACAGCA